AUGAUCCUGACAGUAGGAGGACUUUCCACAACAAUAACUUCCAUCGCAAGAAGUCAGCCGUCACUUGGUCGUUUGGUCGUGUUGCUAGUAGCAGUAUUAUUGGCAUCCUCGUCAUCAUCAUCAUCAACUGCUACUGCCAAUGCGUGGCCUAUCAAUACAGAUCAAGAACACGAAGCUUUAUUGUUGGGUGGAAACAAAAAGAUUGUCUUUUUGGCCGGUCCUCACAAUUCUGCCUAUUAUUCGGUCUACAAAUUUGUGAGCAAAUGGUCCAAAGCCAAGGAAGAAGGUCAUGUACGGACCUAUGCCUUGACGAAUUGGCGAUGGGGUGGGAACGAUAUCCAUAAACUCAUUACGGAACCAGAGGAAGAGAAUGAAGAAAUCUGGGAGAAACUCCAAUCGAGAUUUGACGAACCGGACAUUAAUGGUGUCAUUGUGGGAUCGGCAUUUUUCGAUCAAAUUGGACCAUCGGCCAAGCAUGACGCUUUGAGUGCCAUGAAGAAAAUAAUCGAAAAAUUGGGUGUCUCCAAGGAGGAUGUUUUGGUCAUUGAACAUUACCGGACCCCCCGCUUUGAUCAAUUCGUUUCCAUGUGGAAGCACGCAGAUGGAGAAUAUGAGGAAUCGACCUACGAAGAUUGGUUGUGCGACACCCACAACAAACCGGACGAACAAACAAAACGAUUGGACAUGCUGGGGGCCCGAACCAAUCCAUUGGGAGCCUCGUUGGCAUAUCUCAACGAAGGAUGGGAAGUCAAGUUGCUGGAAACGACCGGAAUGGACUCUUCGGACAUUAACAUUGUCCAAGUGGUCGUCACGCAAAUUCUGCAAGGCCGAACGGUCAAUGGUCUCAUUGCCAGCCACGAAUACGUCAAGAACCAUGACAAUGAGGGGGAACGGGAUUUUGUAGAAUUCAAUGAUACGGACAUUGCCUUGGCCGAAGAGUUGUUUCGGUAUCGGGACUGUGCCUACCAACCCAAACUCAUGCCCUUUACAACCGAAAAGACUUUGGACGUGCUCUACAACCAUUCUCUCUUUUCGACCUGUGAUGGCAGCAAGACGGAGUUGUACCAACGACUCAUGGAGCAUCCCCAAAUCAUGUAUUCGGCCUUGCUACGUCAAUUGAAAUGUCCCAAUCACGAUGUGGAUUUUGCGGGCCACACGACCAUUGCACAAGCCUUGGGAUAUGAAAAGAUGUCCGAGGCUGAAAAGAAGGAAGCUGUUCAAACCACAAUCCAAGUAUCCAACAAAUCCACUUCGUCUGGAAGCACUAGUGGUGCUGCUGGUGCAUCCAAACCCCCGUCCGCCACGCUGAUACUAAUGCAAAUGGUAACGGCAGCCUUGUUUGGGUAUCAAGUCUUCAAGAUUAAUUUGGCUCGGCCACUUCGAAAACCGGAACCACCCGCAUCGCGACGACCUUCCGCAGAAAUUGAAUUUGAAUACGAAGAUCCCCAAUUGCAGGAGGACUACGAUGUGGAGGGAUCGGAAAUGGUCAAACUGACGGCAAGUACGGGCAAGGGCAAUUGA